AAGGAUUUGAUAAGCACCUACAGGAUCUGAAUAAUUUUGCGCAGAAAAUACUCCUAUAUUUAAGAAAAACACAAUACAUUUCUAUUAAAGCGAUGUUAUAGCUAAAUCUAUUGACAUGGAAUGUGGGCUUUUUCUUAUUCAAGAUAUAUUGCUGUCAAGAGACAAGUACUGUACACAGCAUGCCGUCACCUGAACAACAGUCAAACAGCUGCAGCCCUUAGGCCCUUCUACUUUGCUGUGCAUCCUGACUUGUUUGGUAGGCACCCGAAAGAAAGGUCUGUAAACGAGGAAUCUUUGAAGCAGCUGCACGAGUAUGUGGCCUCCCUGCAGGCCAACCGCAGUCUGACCCUUCAACCUGUAGAUCUUGUCUUCUAUGUACGCAGUCAGGCAAACACAAAUUUGCGCACAGUGAAAAUUUCCCUGAUGUCAACUGAUGUUCGAACAACUGUGAUUACCAUUUUGGAGGCAUGUGGCCUUCCGUUGGACUACGUAAAAACAGUACCAGUAACAACAAAGGCAUACAGCAAGACUGACUGGAGCAAAGUACAUGUGUACGAUACAGAAUCCAGGUUUCAUUUUCAAGAACGACCUCCACCUCCUGUGCAGAGGACACUCAGUCGUUGGCUAAAGGAGAACGAGGCGAGGGUAAAGAGGUAUUUCGAGGCGAGUCUGGCGGCACAAGAGGAGAUUGACAGGCUAUGCACGCGCCUCGUGUCGCAGGUAGGGGUGGCUUCAGUACGCUGGGAGAACAUCUGGGGCCACCGGCACUACAUCGCAUGUCUGAGAACAUUUAACAAGCUGUGCGAGACACAGGUCGACAAGAUGAGGAAUACUCUGCAAGGUCGUCACUUGGUGUUUGGUAACAAUACAGGCAUCAAUCUCCAUGGUGAGGUGGUACUUGGCAGCGAAGAUGUGGCUACAGAGUGGAUGCAGCAACUGCGUUGUGUGCACGCCUACGAUCCCAUGAUUGAGCGGUUCCCGCGCAUGGAGCAAGAGUUGUCGGCACUGCUCAAUCAUGUCCAGAUAGUGCGGCGUCAGAAGCGUGAGUUUGUGAUGGCACAAUCGUACGAGGUGCUCCUCAAUCGCAUGCUCAACUCCCUGCGACGGUGCCAGGACCUGGUUGGGCAGGAGCUGGGUCUGCAGGACCUUUCGCAUCUCGUCUUGGUCGUCGAAUGUGAGUCAGGCCCCCUUGCCCUGUCCAAUGAGGGACAGUUCCUCAUUCCUGCCUCCAUUCCUGGCUCCUUAAUGUUGAAAUUCAUAGCCGAGAACAAGGAUCAGGCCGCCACCUUCCUCAUAGAUGCCAAAUUUCAUACCUUCUACAUGAAUCAAAUUCUUGACCAAUGCAGAGGGCAACUUAACGUCUCAGAAAUCAGCCGCGAUGAUGCAAUAACUCCGAAACAAAUGACAGAAUGCUGCCAACGCUUACUGGACAGUCAAAGACAGCUGAACCCUUUACUGCAAGGCACGAAGCUCAAAGUGUCGACAUAUUACACAUUAAUGAAGGAUGGAGAAUUGACGAUUCCUUGGAAUUGGGUGGAAUAAACAAUAUUUGGGAAUAUGGUCUGUGCAUCUAGUCAAUGGGCAGAAUUCUGGUAUUAGAAACCGGCACUAAAAACCAGGUUGAAAAUUAUAUAUACCCCAGUAACCACAUUUUAUAUGCGUAAAAUGAAUCAGUGCCCUGAAAUUGUUGGUUCUUGUAAUGUAACCGUUGUUAUCUCGUCAUAUUACUUAUGUCCAAACUGUGCAUCUUUUAUCGUUUACUUUUACACAUUAACAGUAUUUCAUGCCAUAUUUAUCCCCACGCUUUUUGAAAAAAAGGUGGGGAUAUUGUGGUUAUCUCCGCCGUCCGUCCAUCCAUCCGUCUGUCCGUCCGUCCGUCCUGGCCACUAUCUCCUCCUACACUAAAAGCACUAGAACCUUGAAACUUACACACAUGGUAGCUAUGAGCAUAUGUGCGACCCUGCACUAUUUGGAAUUUUGAUCUGACCCCUGGGUCAAAAGUUAUAGCGGUUGGGGUGGGGCCGCGUCAGAAAUUUUCACUCAUUUUUUUAGGUUAUUUUACAUUUACUUCUUUAUUUCUACACCGAUUCACUUCAAAUUGAUACUGGACCUCUCUUAUGACAAUACGGUCAAUCUCAACCAUGCAUGGCCCCAUUCCCAACCCUGGGGCGCCCCGCCCACAUAGGCCACACCCACCAAAAAUUUCCAUUUACUAUAAUUUUUUCAUUUCUACACGGAUUCACUUCAAAUUGAUACUGAACUUUUGUUAUGACAUUAGGGUCAAUCUCAACUAUGCAUGGCCCCAAUCCCAACCCUGGGGCGCCCGCCCACAUAGGCCACACCCACCAAAAAAUUCCAUUUACUAUAAUUUUUUCAUUUCUACACAGAUUCACUUCAAAUUGAUACUGAACUUCUCUUAUGACAUUAGGGUCAAUCUCAACUAUGCAUGGCCCCAUAACCAACCCUGGGGCCCCGCCCACAUAGACCACACCCACCCAAAAUUGCCUUUACUAUAAUUUCUUCAUUUCUACACCGAUUCACUUCAAAUUGAUAUUGAACUUCUCUUAUGACAAUACAGUCAAUCUCAACUAUGCAUGGUCCCAUUACCAACCCUGGGGCGCCCCGCCCACAUAGACCACACCCACCCAAAAUUGCCUUUUACUAUAAUUUCUUCAUUUCUACACCGAUUCACUUCAAAUUGAUACUGAACCUCUCUUAUGACAAUACGGUCAAUCUCAACUAUGCAUGGCCCCAUUACCAACCCUGGGGCCCCGCCCACAUAGACCACACCCGCCCAAAAUUGCCUUUUACUAUAAUUUCUUCAUUUCUACACCGAUUCACUUCAAAUUGAUACUGAACUUCUCUUAUGACAAUACGGUCAAUCUCAACUAUGCAUGGCACAAUUACCAACCCUGGGGCGCCCUGCCCACAUAUGUCACACCCACCCAAAAUUGCCUUUUACUAUAACUUCUUCAUUUCUACACCAAUUCACUUCUAAUUGAUGAUGAACUUCUCUUAUGACAAUACGGUCAAUCUCAGCUAUGCAUGGCCCCAUUACCAACCCUGGGGCACACCUAGGUCAAACAUUCGGCGUGGGGAUACGCGUCGGCCUCUGCCGCGCCAUUUCUAGUUAUAAAUACAUUUAAAUAUUGUGAUUUUAUUACCGGUAAAUUCAUAUUUUAUUUAAAUAAAGGGGCAUUUUUGCGUG